UGGAAUAUUUAUUAAUAACCUCAUAAAUAUUAAAAAUACCAAAACAGCGUAUAACGGAAUGAUGUGAACGUUGUUUACAUAACUGUUAGAGACGUAAAUUGAAAAGGGAAACAAACUGAAAUGGAAUGUGUCAAUAACAGUCAAUAAACUAGCGCAGCGUACGAUUAAAUAUAUUGGCGGUGUAACAAUAACAGCUUUUAUUUCGUAAAAUACGUUCAGUAUUGAAAGACAGAACAUUCCAAACUGUAGUGCUAUACAACUACUAACAAUGCAGCGUUAUUUAUUGCUAUAUACCUUUGUUUUAAUUGUGCCUUUUGCAUAUCAAGCUUCAACCACGACCGGGUCUGUCGAAUUAGACGAAUUUUCUUUUGAUAAAAUAAGAAAUAAAUUCGAUGCAAGCCUUAUUAAAUUCGAUGUGGCGUUCCCAUACGGCGACAAGCAUGAUGCGUUCGUGUCACUUGCAAGGGAGGCGAAAGAUGUGGAAGAUCUUUUGAUUGCUGAAGUCGGCGUGAAAGAUUAUGGUGAAAAAGAAAAUGAGGCUCUUGCGAAGAAGUAUGGAGCGACCAAGGAUAACUUCCCUGUGGUUAAACUGUUCGUCAAAGGUAAAACUGAGCCUAUACCAUUCGAUGAAUCGAAAGGGUUCACCAGUGAUGAACUUCGCCGUUUCGUACGGGAGAACACCGGCAUAUAUUUGAGUUUGCCUGGCUGUGUUAAGGAACUCGAUAAGUUCGCAAUACAGUUUAUGAAAGGCAAGAAAGAUGAGAGGAAAAAAGUACUCAAGAAGGCUGAAGAAUUCUUGAAGAACGCUGAUAAGGAGCAUGCUACCGGAAAGAUCUACAAGACAAUCAUGGAGAAGAUUCUAGAAAAAGGUGACGAUUUCAUACAAGCUGAGCACGAGAGAGUCAAGAAGUUACUCAGUAGUAAAGUUUCAGAUGAGAAGAAGAAAGAAUUAGGAAGCAGAAUCAAUAUUCUACAAACAUUCCAACUAUCUGACAAACAGCAGAAAUCACAGAAAGAAGACCUGUGAUUGGUCAAUUAAUUUCUUUGGCACUUUUGUGCCUUGUUCGAACUAUGCUACCAUUUUAGUUGUGUAUCAAGUACUUUGUAGCUAUCUCUCAAUUCAAUUUUGGGACAGAAACAAGAAAGGGCUACUAAGUACUCGCUACUGGACUAAAAUACUAGCGUAAUGUGAACAAAGCAUUAUUCACAGUUCAUAGUUGUGUAGUAGUUACUCCUAUGAAGUUUCUCUUGAGUGUCUUUGAGUUUUUAAAUUUAUAGAGGUUCCUGCAACAGUACUCUUUUGUCUGAUUCCUGUGUUAAUGUUAUGACAGCUACAAAUUAUGAAUUUUCUGCAUGUAUAUUGUAUAUAGAUUAUUUCUUCUCACCUGUCUGUGUGUGAGUUUUAUCUUUUAUGUAAAGAAAAAGACAAAAAUUUGAUCUCUUUUCAAAUGGAUAGCUAAAGACCCAAUUUUUUAUCACAUGUGCAAUAGUAGAUGUUACAGAUUAUGAUUGAAUUUGUAUUUACCUUAACAAUUCCAUUAUUAUAAUAUUUUAUCACAUUGAUAUUUGUUUUAUAACUUAUUCAAUUGUUAUUCAAAUUUAAUGUCCAUAUCAUGUUUACCUAUUAUAUUACUUUGCAAUGUGUGUACUUAAACAAUGUACCUAUAUUUAUUUUACAGAGUAUUAAAAAAUAUUCUAUUAAAUUAUUAUGUGAGCAAUGCAAUUUCAUACAUAUCCAAAGAAUUGCAACUGCUUCUAUGCAUUGUAUGUAUAAAAUUUUAUAAUAAAAUGUUAAAUAGUUCAUAUUUGUGUUUUAAAGUUUACUUUUUGUUAAAAACAGAUGGCAUUUUUCACUUAACAAUAAAUUUAAAUAGCUCAUUAUUUUUCGUUUCAAGCGUUUUAAUUUCCAGUUUUAUUAUUAAUUACUUUUUUGACUGACACACUAAAAUUAUACAUAUUACCAUUAAAUUUCCUGAUCAACCAUGAUGGUUGAACUAUAUGGAAAUCUAGAAUAUGCAUGUUACAUUUUUCUUUCGCCAUUUAAAGACUACAGUAAAUUUACUAUUUUUGUAUCUAGACAUAAUAUGCAAUAGAGCUCAAAAUUCAUGCUAUUUUUAAAUAUCACCAAGGAAGAAAUAUUGUCUACAACACAAUUUUCAUUUGCUUUUAGUUUAGACAAUGUGUUCCUUAAAAUGUCUGCUACUAAAAAUAAAUGACCUAUUUUAUUAGAUACUUUAUUUACCAAACUAACUUUCGCAUUUAUAAUAUUAGAUAGGUAUUUGCGGUACCAAAGUAUUAAGUAUUGUGCAAACAUUCCACUAGAUGUAGUUUAAGUUGAACUAGUAUUAUUUGAAAAUAAUUGCAGUCACAUAAUUAAUUUUAUGGUUGCAUUGGUCUCUGAUGAUUAUUACCGUGCUUACUAGUUUGAUAAAAUGUAUUGUGUUUUGUAGUACAAAAUGCCUAUUUGUAAACAGGAUAUAGUUAUGUCGCAAUGUAGAUGAUACAAAUAAUUGAAAUGACAUACUCAGGCCUUGAUACAAAACAUAUCCUGUCUUGCUACAUUUUAUCAAAAUUUGUUGAACUAUUUAGCAGUUUGAAUGUGACAGACAUACUUUCGCAUUUAUACAAAUUAAUUAGUAUGUAGUAUGUCUAAUUUUGUUUUUACGAUAGCAGCUGCUUUAAAAGCUAUAGUUCUAUGAAACAUGUGUCAUGGUUCUCUAAAUUGUGAGCAUAUCUUUGUAUUUUAAUAUUUUAUUGUGUAUUAAGUAAAUUGUAAAGAUUAAUAUGCACGACUGUGGGUGUGCUUGCAAUAAAUUAUUUUAAGACUUUA